AUGGGUCAGGCUUCAGUUUUGGAGCAGCCCAGUGCUGAUUUGUGUCCCAAUGCUAGCCAAUGGUACCAUUCCGUCUCCUCAAAACUUGCCCCAAGCUUUCCUGGAAAAGCUGUUGGAGUGAGAAUUGGCCAAGGUGUUGCAGCAGAAGUUACUCCAGCUGUGAUGGCCAAGGAAGCACCAGCAGCAGAAGAUGAUGAUGACCUUGAUCUCUUUGGUGAUGAAACAGAGGAGGAAAAGAAGGCAGUAGAACAGAGGGAGGCUGCCAAAGCAUCCACCAAGAAGAAAGAGAGUGGAAAAUCAUCCGUUCUUAUGGAUAUUAAACAUUGGGAUGAUGAGACAGACAUGAAGAAGCUCGAGGAGAAAGUACGCAAAGUCAAGAUGCCUGGGCUUUUGUGGGGAGCCUCAAAACUGAUCCCUGUUGGUUACGGUAUAAAGAAGUUGCAGAUCAUGCUUACCAUAGUGGAAUCAGGUUCCCCCCACGUUUCCACCACCUUAGGAACUGAUUUUUUCUUGCUCAGCUCAGAUCUCAGCUAUGAAGGGCAACUGGGCAAGACGGCUGGUUUUGCUGUUUAG